CUAGCAUUUGCACGUCCCAUCAUCCUUCCAUACGCCGCCAUUUCCCUCAAUCCUGACAUCUCACCCAUUUCCAUAUAGAAGAAUUCAGAUACCGCCAUAAUGUCCGGAAGCGCAGGCUACGACAGACAUAUCACUAUCUUCUCCGACCAGGGUCGUUUGUACCAAGUUGAAUAUGCCUUCAAGGCUAUCACCUCUGCGAACAUCACCUCCAUCGGUGUGAGGGGGAAGGACUGUGCUAUCGUCGUCUCCCAGAAGAAAGUGGCUGACAAACUCAUCGACCCUUCCUCCGUCUCACAUGUCUUCAAGAUCUCGCCCUCCGUCGGCUGCGUGAUGACUGGCUCGAUAGCAGAUGCCCGUGCCUCCGUCGACCGGGCUCGUGGCGAGGCUGCCGAGUUCCGUUACAAGUUCGGUUAUGAGAUGCCCUGCGAUGUGCUGGCGAAGCGAUUGGCAAAUAUCAACCAGGUCUACACACAACGAGCCUAUAUGCGACCACUCGGUGUGGCCAUGACCCUGAUCUCGGUCGACGAUGAGAACGGCCCUCAGCUCUACAAGUGUGACCCGGCUGGUUACUUCGUUGGAUACAAGGCGACUUCCUCGGGCCCCAAACAGCAGGAGGCGCAGAACUACCUGGAGAAGAAGCUGAAGAACAAGGAUGCGGCACCCGGCAGCUGGGAGGAAGUUGUGGAGCUGGGUAUCACGGCGUUGAGCAACGUGCUGAGUGUUGACUUUAAAAAACACGAGCUGGAGGUUGGCAUUGUUGGUGGCCCCCGGACGGAUGGCAAGGAGGGCACCACCACAGAGUUCCGGGCCCUGACGGAGGAGGAGAUUGACGAACGGCUGCAGGCCAUAGCAGAGAAGGACUGAACGGACCUUGUCCUGUAGCAUGGACGGACUGGUUGAUGGAAGGCGACAUACAGAUGGGUCAAGACAUUGACCGAAUGAGUCCGGCAGGGGUAGAGGAUCUGCUUCAGUAAUGAUGAUGGUGAUUAUUCUAUUUUUCACCCUUUUC